AUGGUGGACCCCCACGCCAAAAAGUCCAAAACAGACGGCUACCGGUCCCGUGCAGCCUAUAAGCUUCUUGAGCUCGACACAAAGUUUCGUCUUUUUGGGAAAUCCACGAGAAACAUCGUCGAUUUGGGCUUUGCUCCUGGAGCUUGGACCCAGGUUGCUUUGAACAAAAGCAGAGCCCGAGGCGUUCUGCCGACCAUCCUCGGCGUCGAUUUGAUCCAUUGCCAGCCGCCCGAAGGUUCUCUGUUUAUCCAAGGCGACAUUUUCCUGAAAAAGACCCACAACAGCAUCCAGACGUUUUUCGAGCCUCGAGGGCCUUUGGACCUCGUUUUAAGCGACAUGAUGACAAACACCAGCGGGAUUGGUGACAACGACCAUUUUGCCAGCAUGGAAUUGUGUGACGGUGUUUUGCUUCUAGCGCUGCAGAUGCUCCAGAAGAACGGAAGCCUUGUGAUGAAGUUCUACACGGGGAAAGAGGACCAGAUAUUGCAGAAACGGCUUGAGAAGGUAUUUGCCAGGGUCCACAAAGUCAAGCCUGCGGCGUGCCGGGCAGAGCUGCGGGAAAUGUACUUUGUGUGUUUGAGGAAAAAGAGGGAGGUAUCUGUGGAGGAGUUAUUCUCGUGA